AGUACUAAAUAUUGUACUUUGAACCUGCACGCUCCAGAGGAAAAAUCUAUUUACAAUCUUUGUCCUAGUCAUGUGGAACAGAGUUCUUAUGUCGAGCAGGAAUGCCGCUGGCCGAAGAGUUAAUAUGAUCACCAACCACAUUAGGAUGCUCUCAAAUAGUUCUGAAGAUGUCCUACUGGAAGUAAAAGGAAGUGUUGGCUUGAUUACACUCAAUCGCCCAAAGGCACUGAACUCAUUAGAUUUGGGAAUGGUUCGCAAGAUACACCCUGCAUUGAUGGAUUGGGAGAGAGAUGAAAAUAUUGGAGCAAUUGUCAUAAAAGGUGCCGGUGAUAAGGCUUUCUGCGGGGGAGACGUCAGAGCUGUUGCUGAAGAGGGCAUUUCUGGAACUGGUGGAACAUUGCGACGCGAUUUCUUUAAAGAAGAGUACCAACUUAACAAUGCUAUUGGCACUUUAAAGACUCCUUACGUUGCUCUCAUUGAUGGAAUUACUAUGGGAGGGGGUGUUGGCCUCUCAGUCCAUGGUCAUUUUAGGGUUGGCACAGAAAGAACGUUGUUUGCAAUGCCUGAAACUGCCAUAGGCUUCUUCCCAGAUGUCGGAGGUAGUUUUUUCUUACCAAAGCUCCAAGGCGAACUUGGUACAUUCUUGGCAUUAACUGGAGAGCGUUUGAGAGGUUACGACGUUCACCAUGCUGGUGUUGCAACGCAUUACGUCUCAUCAGACAAGAUUUCCGAGUUGGAGGAGAGCAUGCUAGCCAUGGAAAGACCGACACUGAAAACGAUCCUUGAAAUGAUCGAAAAAUAUCACAAAGAGAGUGUGUCAAAGAUAACAACAGAUUUCUCAUUAUCUCCAUAUUUGGAAAUCAUUAACAGAUGUUUUGCUAAGGAAUCUAUGGAGGACAUUUUGUAUGAAUUAGAAAAGGAAGGAACGGAUUGGGCAAUGUCUAAAAUAGAUACAAUUAACAGUAUGUCGCCGACAUCAUUGAAAGUAACCUUAAAACAUGUUAGAGAGGGAGCAAAAUUACGAACUCUAUUUGAAUGUUUGAUAAUGGAAUAUCGCCUUUCUCAGCGAUUUAUGAAUGACAAGGAUUUCUAUGAAGGUAUUCGCGCCGUCCUAAUUGACAAAGAUCAACAGCCAAAGUGGAAUCCCAGCACAUUACGCGCUGUCACCACAGAGAAAGUCGAUUCAUACUUUGCCAAUUUGGGAGAAAAUGAAUUGGAAUUUUGAGGUAGAGAAACAGAACAUCAAAAUAUAAAUAAAUGUGCAUAUUAUCAACAUGUACAUGCAUGCGAAAUUUUACUUAAAUUGAAGCUAGUGUGAUAUCAACAGUGUCAUAACUUCAUGUAAUACUUCACAAGACAAAUAUAUUUUAAUCACAAGGAUUUUGUCAAAUUUGA